AUGCGCUACGCGAUCAUCAAGUUCCGCGUGUAUCUGUUGGCGAAAUACAACUUCGUCGUGCACUACAAACCGGGCAAGACCAAUAUUCUCGCCGACGCGCUGUCACGUCGACCAGACUACGUGCAAUCGGGUCGCCAUGCAAUUGGUGAGGAGGAGGAUGAUGAUGAAUGCGCUGUGUGCGUCGCAGAAGGUGUCGCUGCUGUUGAGGUCACAACGACAAGCCCGCUUCGCGACUCGAUUGCGCACGCGUCUGCGUACGAGGCGGAUGCGUCAUGCUCCGAAAUGGUCAAGUACCUGCGAGACCCUUCAGACACGGCGCGUCGCCGGUUGUCCCAACGCAGUGGCGCCCGCAUCGACCGCUACGCCCUAGACGACAGCCUGUUGACCUACUGCGUCUAUCCUGUGGAUCCCCCACGCAUCGUCGUCCCGCUGGGCGAAGACCUUCGCGCGCACCUGAUUCACGAGUUUCAUGAUACCCCGAGCGGUGGGCACCUCGGACGUGAGAAACCCUUCUCGCCGUUGUCCCGAGAUUUCUAUUAG